CCCGUCCCGUCCCGGGGGCGGGCGGCUGGUGCGGGGCCUGCUGCCGCCGCGGCGUGUCUCUGCUGGGCCGCUGCGCAGGACCCCCCCCGGGCCGGCCGGACCCCGGGAGCGCCGCCGAGCCUGGCCGAGGCGUCUGGUCACGGCUCCGCGAGGGGCUAGAGGUGCUGCGUGAGGGGCUGUCAUGUCCUGCUCUGGCUGUCCCAGCAUCUUACCCCGGGCCUGGGCCUGGUCACUUGUCCGGAGCUCUGGCUGACCCCGGGGCUGCUUUGGCCUGGAAGUUGUGUAUCCACACCAGGAACUGCUACCGUGCAACUGGGCCAGCUCUCGCUUUUAAGGAACUUCAAGCGGAGAUGUACAGUAGAUCUUCAGACCAGGCCUUGUAUAUUCAGAGCCUUGUAAAAGCGCUAAGGCUCCUCUGUCCAGAAAUCUCUAUUUUAGAGACAAAGCAAAGGUCGUAGUUGCUUAAAAGUUGCUUAUUUGCAGUGAAAACUGUUCACGAGAUCAACCUUACUAAGCAAUCUCCUGUCCUAGGAGACCUCUGCAAAUUGAGUACAAUCUUGCUGCUCAUUUAUUGGAAAACAUCUCCAAAUGUUACAAGUCUAAGAGCUCAGGACAAGUGCAGCAGAAAUACCUGCAACAUGGUGACUGGAAUCCUAAGGACCUUGCAAUAUGAAUAAUUCUCUGGAGAACACCAUUUCCUUUGAAGAAUACAUCCGUGUGAAAGCACGAACAAUCCCUCAGCACAGGAUGAAGGAGUUUCUCGACUCUCUUGCUUCCAAGGGGCCUGAAGCUCUCCAGGAGUUCCAGCAGACAGCCACCACCACCAUGGUAUAUCAACAAGGUGGAAACUGCAUUUACACGGACAGCACAGAGGUGGCCGGAUCUUUGCUUGAGCUUGCCUGUCCUGUUACAACCAGUGUCCAGCAGCAAACCCAGCAAGAGCAACAGAUACAGGUUCAGCAGCCACAACAGGUCCAGGUCCAGGUCCAGGUCCAGCAGUCCCCACAACAGGUCUCUGCCCAGCAGCUCUCUCCCCAGCUCACUGUCCACCAAGCCUCAGAGCAGCCGAUACAGGUCCAAGUUCAGAUCCAAGGCCAGGCACAGCAGCAGGCGUCCCAGACAAUACAGAGUCAGUCUCUUCAGAGCCCUAGCCCAUCUCAGCUGCAAGCGGCUCAAAUCCAGGUGCAGCAUGUACAGACUGCCCAACAGAUCCAGGCCACUGAGAUCCAGGAGGAACACAUACAGCACCAACAGAUCCAGGCCCAGCUUGUGUCUGGACAGGCCAUUGCUGGUGGCCAACAGAUCCAGAUCCAGACAGUUGGAGCACUGUCACCUCCACCUUCUCAGCAGGGCUCACCACGGGAAGGCGAACGGCGGAUCGGCACCGCUAGUGUCCUUCAGCCAGUGAAGAAGCGUAAAGUAGAUAUGCCUAUUACUGUGUCAUAUGCUAUUUCAGGGCAGCCAGUUGCCACGGUGUUGGCCAUUCCUCAAGGCCAGCAGCAGAGUUACGUAUCUUUAAGGCCGGACUUAUUAACAGUGGACAGUGCCCACCUAUACAGUGCCACUGGGACCAUUACUAGCCCCACUGGAGAGACUUGGACCAUCCCUGUUUACUCAGCUCAGCCACGUGGUGACCUUCAGCAGCAAAAUAUAACCCACAUCGCCAUCCCCCAGGAGGCCUACAAUGCUGUCCACGUUAGCGGCUCGCCAACAACACUGGCUGCUGUGAAGCUGGAGGAUGACAAGGAUAAGAUGGUGGGAGGUGCAUCUGUAGUGAAAAACUCACAGGAGGAAGUGGUGCAAACUAUCGCUAACUCGCUCUUUCCAGCACAGUUCAUGAAUGGCAACAUCCACAUUCCAGUGGCAGUGCAGGCCGUGGCAGGGACAUACCAGAAUACAGCUCAGACAGUGCACAUAUGGGACCCGCAGCAGCAACAGCAGCCCACACCCCAAGAGCAGGGGCAGCAGCAGCAGCUACAAGUGACUUGUUCUGCUCAAACUGUUCAGGUAGCUGAAGUGGAGCCCCAGCCACAGCCUCAGCCUUCACCUGAACUCCUGCUUCCGAAUUCUCUGAAGCCAGAAGAAGGGCUCGAAGUGUGGAAAAGCUGGGCACAGACCAAGAAUGCCGAGCUGGAAAAGGAGUCUCAGAACAGGCUAGCCCCUAUUGGCAGACGCCAGCUGCUGAGAUUCCAGGAAGAUCUCAUCUCCUCUGCUGUGGCUGAGUUGAAUUAUGGGCUAUGCUUGAUGACACGAGAAGCUCGCAAUGGUGAAGGCGAACCAUAUGAUCCAGAUGUACUCUACUAUAUCUUCCUAUGUAUUCAGAAGUAUCUCUUUGAAAAUGGACGAGUAGAUGACAUUUUCUCGGAUCUCUAUUAUAUACGGUUUACCGAGUGGUUACAUGAAGUUCUCAAGGAUGUACAGCCCCGGGUCACCCCUCUUGGUUAUGUCCUCCCCAGCCACGUAACAGAAGAGAUGCUGUGGGAGUGCAAGCAGCUGGGAGCUCACUCUCCUUCCACCUUGCUCACUACACUGAUGUUUUUUAACACCAAGUACUUCCUGUUGAAAACGGUAGACCAGCAUAUGAAGUUGGCCUUCUCCAAGGUCUUGAGGCAGACCAAGAAGAACCCUUCCAAUCCCAAGGAUAAGAGCACGAGUAUCCGGUACCUGAAGGCACUUGGCAUACACCAGACAGGCCAGAAAGUUACAGAUGACAUGUAUGCAGAGCAGACUGAGAAUCCAGAGAACCCCCUGCGGUGCCCCAUAAAGCUCUAUGACUUCUACCUCUUCAAAUGCCCCCAGAGUGUGAAAGGCCGGAAUGACACAUUUUACUUAACUCCGGAGCCGGUGGUAGCCCCCAACAGCCCGAUCUGGUAUUCCAUCCAGCCAAUCAGCAGAGAGCAGAUGGAGCAGAUGCUCACUCGGAUCCUGGUGAUACGAGAGAUUCAGGAAGCUAUUGCUGUGGCUAAUGCCAGCACCAUGCACUAAGGCACCCUGCCCAGCUCCGAAGGGGGUGGGGUGGUGGGGGGAUGACGAGCAAGGAUAAAUUGUACAGACUUUUACACUAAAGGAGAUGCCUACGUUUUGUUUUUUAUUGGUGUAGUUAUGAAGCCCUUUUAGGCUUCUUCUGUUUAAAAGAAUCUAAAAGGAAAACCUACCCAUUGUGUAUCCUACCAAACACACUGAGCUGUUAGAACCAUUGGAGGCUGCAUUUCUCUGCCAGCUCAGAGCUGUUGAAACUGCUGGUUGACUUUGGUUUUUUAUGAUGUAGAAAACAGAACAUGAGCUAUGGGAUUGGCCUGGAUGGCUGGGGCCUCUGAUGCCUCCUCAGAGCACGUGCAGCCUGGAGAGCGCAGAAUGAUGGAUGGACCUGCUCAGCCAGCCAAGGAGAGGCAGGUGUCUCUCCUUUGUGCUCAGACAUUAAUUUGCUGUUGUCCUGGAAGAAGAAGAAGGAGGAGGAGAGUGAACUGCAAUUAUGAUUUCUAAAAAACAAUUUCUAUUCAGACCUUUAAGUGACAUUUUUAGAUGUUAAAAGUAAAAAAAACAAAAACAAAAAAAACAACUUUACCACACUUUUUUUUUUGGCCUGACAUUGAGGCCUUAAACCUUGAGGCUCCUGUGCCUGCUGGAGUUCUUGUACCAUACACUUGUGUAUCAUAUAAAGAUACCGCCCUGUUUCUCUUAUGUAUUCUUACUCUAGUUGUUUAUUAAGAAUGACGAGCACGUCUUUUCAACA